UUGACGUCGCAAUAUCCCACUUCAAUAGCUAAGAGAAGUGAGAGUCGACGAGGAGGAGGAGAUGUUAAAAGCCGCGGACGCUAUAGUUAUUGACGAACAGUUCGGUCCGUUACCAUUUGAAAGAAUGCCUGCGUUAGAAAGUACCAAUAUGAGACCCAGUAAUCGGUGCUGUAUAACGAUCGGCCCAGACCCAGUGCAGUGCUCCGAUGUUCCCCAUGCCGUCAACAUGUCAUUCGUGGCAGAGGGCAGCGGCGUGGGGGUUUUAAAAGCGCCCCCUGUCAAUGGUGAUGGUUUGUUUAUUGAUAACAGAACAACUUUUGCCAAAUCAUCAGUAACUAAUCUGAGCUUCAAAAUUCGUCUUGUGGAAUCGUAUGAAGUGGCCUGGGAAACCAUUCUCAUAGAUAACAAAUUGUACGUUGAACUGCCAAAUGGUAUUUUGCCUGAAGGCUCCAAAGAAAGCUUGAUUACACUUCUUGAAUAUGCAGAAGAACAACUAAAGUGCUCUAAUGUAAUUUUAUGUUUCAAGAAGAACAGAAAUGAUCGAGCUAAUUUGAUUAGAGUCUUCAGUUUCUUUGGUUUCCAGACAAUACCGCCAGGUGAUGAAAUGGUUCCACAAGUUGAAGAUUUGAUGUUUAUGGUUUAUGUAAUUGAUACUGAUGAUUUCUAGGUUAUCAGUUCACAAAUAAUUUCCCUUGAAUUUUACACUAUCUUCCUUUUCUUUCUCAAAUUAACACAAUGUAAACUUUAGACUCUUUCAUGAUUGUUAAAUUAUUUGGAAUUUGAUAAAUCUUUAUGAACAAAUUUGUUGUAUCUAAAUUUUGAGCAAAAGCAUUUCUAUCUUAUACACUUUUAUUCAGUGAAAGCAAAUCUUGUAAUUUGUUUUUUGAAAACGAACAAUAUUUUGAGAACAAAAUAUUAUAUGGAGGGGAUGUGUGUGUCUUAUGUACUUGGUACUUUAAUCUAUACAUUCUUAAUUAAUAAUAAUAUAUCUCUCUGCCACGUCUGUACAUGUGUUACCAGCAAAAAAAUGUUUUAAGAAAAAUGAAAAAAAAAAUAGAAAAAUAUUAGAAAUUUAACAAAAAAAAAAUGCAUGUUUUAACAGUGUUGUAUAAAUAAUCUUAAUUUGCAGUGUAACAUAAAAGCUAUUUUUCAAUUUUAAUUUCUAAGAUGAUCAAAAAUAUGUUCAUAUUGUUUUUAAUUUUCGUUUUGAACACUAAUAUUCAUUUAGUUUUACCUGCAGAAUUUCUUCAAUUAUAUUUAUGUAGGCUUAUGUCAUUUCAUAUUGAAACAUUUUGGUUACCACUGCUCAAAUGCACAUUUCACUUGUGAAAUGUGUAUUUAAUAUUUAUAAAGCACAUUCAUUUAUUUCAUUAGCUUGGAUAUAUAUAUAUCUUAGGGCUGGUACAUAUAGUUAUAUUGUGUUGUAAUCAAAUAUAAUAAAUUAGAUUUUUUAAAUCAA